AUAAAACCAUAGAUAGUAAAUAAAAGCCUUUUAAAAAGGUCACUUCCCGUUCAAAUUACAAAUUUAGAUCUGAACUCUACACAAAGAAGGCCACCACUAUCAGUAUGCCUAUGGCUAAAAGUCUGUUGCUCUGCUUCAUCCUCACAAUUACAACAUUCCUCUUAUUUGUUUGUUGUCCAGUGAAGUCCUGCAGCCACGGAGAGAUCCGAUUGGUGGAAGUUACAGGUGCUUUCAAUGGGACUCCCGAGGUGUGUGUUGCUGGGAGAUGGAGUGGAGUCUGUGUUGACAUAUCCGCUAUGAACCAAGCAGCUGCAAUAGUGUGCAAACAGCUGGGCUGUGGACAUGGAUACGUAGACAAUCAAAGACAAUGUCACAACAGUACACUCAAGUUUCAAUGCAGAGGAGGAGAGUCAAAUUUAACUGGUUGUUCUAUUUUGGAUGGUGCUGACUGCUCAACAGGAGAAGAUAUGUGCAUUGUCACUCAGUGCACUGCAUGUCAGGCACAAUUAGAUUUAUUGGCUUAUGGAAGUGGUGAUGAUCAGCAAGUGCCUAUGCUAGAUGAUGGUUCGUCUAAGGCAGUUGUGAUACAACCGUUUCCAUUCUUUGGAGAAAAUCAGAGCGAGCUAUUUGUAAACACGAAUGGAGUUUUGUCUUUUUAUCAACGGUACCCAUUCAUUCUUUCAAGAUCCUUACCAUUUAGUUAUGAUAUGACACCAAUGAUUAUACCUUUCGCGAGAGAUAUCGAUAUACGUUGUAACGGUAGCGGUGAAAUUUACUAUAGAGCAGUAAAUGGGUCGGGAUCCUACCAAGCGAGCCUACUGGUGAACGACUACGUAUACAGAGAAACUAGGUUCUUCCCAACAUCCGUAUUUAUCGCUACAUGGCAUCAAGUUUAUCCGUACCCUUGCUUUAGAUCUAAUAAUCAUCAACGGAAUACAUUUCAAGUAGUUCUGAUGACGAAUGGACAGGAUUCUUUUGCUUGCUUUUUAUACGAAGAUAUCCAGUGGGGGCCACGCGCACAGAUUGGAUUCAAUGCAGGAGAUGGGAACAGAUCAUUCACAGUACCUGGUGGACUGACUGGUGCUACACUGCACAUGGAGAGUUUGUCCAAUGUGGGAAGACCCGGGCUGUUUGUGUAUCAAGUAGAUGGUGAUGAAAUAGGGGCACCUGUUAGCAGUCCCACACAACUGAUAGUCACCCAAGUAUUUCAGAUGUCACUUCAGCUACGUUGGACAAAUACACACAGUGAAGGAGUGAACCAUUUCAAUGUGUACUGCUAUCACACCAGCUGUCCCUAUUGCUCUCAUCUACCAGCUGUGGACACUGUAACUACAUCAAGUACCACAGCUACAGUCACCAGACUGACACCAUUCACAGAGUAUGGAUGUUGUGUGACAGCAAUUAACUUAAACCAGGAAAGUGACUGCUCAGAAGAACUAAAUAUAUCUACUUUACCAGCACCAUCAAUGAAGCCAGUUGAUGUUGGUAUAACUAAAAUAACCAGCACAUCCUUUAAACUGGAAUGGUCAAGACCGUUACACAUUUAUGGAACACUACUGAACUACCAGAUAGCAUGUUCACAGAACCUCAACAAUGUCUGGUUCAGCACAACCGUGAACAGUAGUGUGGAUGUGAGCAACCUCCAACCAUUCACUAACUACACGUGUUGUAUCUCAGCUAUUAAUCAAGCUGGUGAAGGAAGCAGUGCAUGCUCUGAUGCAAGAACAAAUGCAGCUCCUCCAACUGAGCCAGAAGACCUUAACGUGAUUUCAAACACCGCUAGCCUUGUGCUGAUUUGGACAGAGCCAGCUGAGAGCUAUGGACAAGCUAUCCUGUUCUAUAGUAUUAACUGUACAUCAGCACACCACAAUGCAGAGAUACAACGAACAUACAAUACCUCUGUGGAAGUGUCUGGUCUUAUUGCCAACACCAACUACACUUGCUGUGUUUCAGCAAGGAAUUCUGUGGGCGUUGGACUACAUCAAUGUAUCGUUGCUGUGACAGACAAUGCUCCUCCGACUGAACCAGAAGACCUUAAGGUGAUUUCCAAUAUCACCAGCAUCACGCUGACCUGGACAGAGCCAGCUGAAAGCUAUGGACAAGCUAUCCUGUUCUACAGUAUCAACUGCACAUCAACACACCACGAUGUGGAGAUACAACGAUCAUACACUACCUCUGUGGAUGUGUUUGGUCUUAUUGCCAAUACCAACUACACUUGCUGUGUUUCAGCAGGGAACUCUGUGGGCGUUGGACUACAGGAAUGUAUCGUUGCUAUAACAGCCAAAGCUCCUCCAACUGAACCAGAAGACCUUAACGUGAUUUCCAACACCACUAGCCUUUUGCUGACUUGGACAGAGCCAGCUGAGAGCUAUGGACAAGCUAUCCUGUUCUACAGUAUCAACUGUACAUCAGCACACCACGAUGUGGAGAUACAACGAUCAUACACUACCUCUGUGGAAGUGUCUGGUCUUAUUGCCAACACCAACUACACUUGCUGUGUUUCAGCAGGGAUUUCUGUGGGCGUUGGGCUACAUCAAUGUAUCGUUGCUAUGACAGCCAAAGAACAACCAUCACCAUCUGACAACAGCCAAGGCAUCCUAGUUACAGCUGUAUCUGCUGGAGCACUAGUAGCAGUGUUGUUACUUCUGUGUAUUGUGAUAACAUGCAUUUCCUGUUGCUGUUGCUGCAAGAGAAGAAUGAGCAAACAAGCAACUCUUCAAAUCCAUCAACAAAUUGCAGAUCCUGUGUACGAGGUUCCUGCUGACAUUAUAGAGCUCAAAGAGAAAGGCAGCACAUUGAGAAGUGAUCCACAAAGUAACAACACAUCACACAGACACGUGUACAAAGAAGAGGUGGAUAUACGAUAUGAGAGACCAGUGCUUGCUUCGAGUGGAGGGACUGCAGCGAACAAAAAACAGAGAGAGAAGAAGCCAAUGAUGCCGAUAGCUACUCCACCCAUCACUCAACCUGGGCAGCAAAGCAGUGAGAAGAUCUACCAGCCAUUAAUCCCUCCCAAGACCUACAAAGAACAAGAAGUCUCAGCCUAUCAAAACCUGGCCUUUGAGACAAGAGACGCUGGGACAGACAUGGCUAAUCAUUCAGAGGGUCAGUAUGAGCCUAUCAGGAAGAACAAUGAGGACAAUCAGUACGAGCCACUGUCAUUUGGAGGGGGUGGGGGAUCUCAGGAGGAGGGGGUGUACCAACCACUGAGCUUCCAGAGGGAGGACGACAACACUUACGAAAAUAUUCAAACCACCACCACUACCCGUACAUGAGAAAUGAACUAUAUAAUUAUAUGACUCUGUAUAUACAAGAAUUUACUGUUACGUGCAAUGCUUCCUGUCAUAGCUACUCUAUUACAUGUAUAUAUAUUCAAAAUUAAUGUUCUUUUA